AAAGAAGUUACCGUUAAAAAAAAGACGAAAAUGAUACACAAAAUUAGAUGCGAUAAUUUUUUGAGGCACAAAAGUUUAUAUAACAUAAUGGGCAAAAAUAAAUUAUUUUGAAAAAGAUAAUUAAAAACCUUUGAAGGUUGUUUGGGAAUGGUUGUAAUUGUAUUCUCGUUCUUGGCUAAUUCCUAUUCCACACGCGAACAAAAUCAAAAUUUAAACCACGUCGGUGGAUACUCAAAACGAUGUCCCAAACAGACUACUAAACACCGACCCAUCGGCCAUCGUUUUUCCUUUCUGGAAGGUCCUAACAUUUUCACACCUGGGGCUUCGUCACUCAACCAAACCACUUGAUUUCAGUGCCAAUUUUGGGCCAUUCCAUUGAAGUUCAUACUCUUGUAAGACCUUCAUUCACCCAUCUGAUUCCAUUUCCCCAAUGACCCAUUUCUCUCUUCUUCUCCUUCCAAUGCUAUGUCUUUGAGCCACCGCAAUCGGGAUUCUCUCCAAACUCCAUGAAUCAUAUCGCUCAUGCAGUUCCAGCUUCAUUUCUAGUCGAUUUCCCGAUGCCCCAGGUAGGUAAAUGGCAAGGCCUCUUCAUUUAUUUUGAAUACCAAGUUUUCCACUUCCAAUUUGACCUUGAACUGAAGUUUAGGAGCUUUGGGUAGUGAAAAUUCUCUGUUUGUAGUCUAGCAUUCUCAUUCUCACGGUUGAUUUUCAUUACCUAUAUAUGAAUUGUCUUUCUUGAAAGUCCAAUAUAUAUAUAUGUGUGUGUGUAUGUAUAUAUAUAUAUAGCUUGUCAAUUGCUUGUUCGCUUCCAUGCAAGAAGUUCUUUGGCUUAGAGGAAAACAAGGCAGAAGAUAACUGUUAUUAGAAGGAUUUCAAGUAAUUGGCUCAGUGUUUGAUGGAAGGAAAAAUUGCGGUUGGGAAGUAAUUAUGUUGGUAUUUUAAAAUGUCUCUUAUUCAUCCUCAAACCAGAGAUUUUCUUGUUAGUCCCUCAAUUUCUCCCUUGCAUUCUUCUUCAUUAGCUUAUGACAUUGACUACCAAAAACUAGAACCAACUCCUCCAUCCACUUCCUCUAGCAGUAAAAUAAGCCCUGCAGUUCUUUUAGUUAUAGUUAUUCUGGCUCUUUUCCUUUUCAUAUCCGGUCUUCUUCACUUGCUAGUCAGAUUACUUGUAAAGCAACGUUCCUCAUCAUCAUCAAUAUCUGAAUCAAAUAGCAAUAGAUUCCCAGAAUUGUCUGAAUCAUCAUCUGCUUUUCAAAGACAGUUACAACAGCUCUUCCAUCUUCAUGAUUCAGGUUUAGAUCAAGCCUUCAUAGAUGCUCUCCCUGUUUUCCUUUACAAAGAGAUAGUGGGUUUAAAAGAACCAUUUGAUUGUGCUGUAUGUCUUUGUGAAUUUUCAGAACUAGACAAGCUAAGAUUGCUCCCUAGUUGCAGUCAUGCUUUUCACAUAGAUUGUAUAGACACAUGGUUGCUUUCUAAUUCAACUUGCCCUCUUUGUAGAGGGACCCUUCACAUUCAAUCACCUGUGCUUGCCAUAGAAAACCCUGUAUAUGGUUUUGAAGAUUCAGAAGAAACUGAAGAGUCUACUGAGAAUGGAAGAUUUGGUAUUCUUACAGCUCAAAAAGCUCCAGAGAGUGACAUUAUUGGUGAAAAGAGAGUGUUUUCAAUUAGACUUGGCAAAUUUAGGAACUUAAAUAAUGGUGGAUUGAGAGGGUUAGAGAAAGGGGAGGGAGAAACUAGCAGUAGUAGUUUGAAUGCAAGAAGAUGCUAUUCAAUGGGGUCCUAUCAGUAUAUUGUGGCUGAAUCAGAGUUGCAAGUUGCAUUGCAUACGAGUAAUCGAAUCAGUGGGGGAAGUAUGAGAUUUGUGAAAGUAAUAAGAGAUUCACAAACUGGGAAUUGCCCAAUUGAUCAUGAUGAUGAUGAUGCUGAAAGGAAGAAGAUUAACAUUGGAAGUAAAAACGAAAGCUUUUCUGUUUCAAAAAUCUGGUUAUGGUCCAAGAAGUCUCGACAGCCAUGUUCGAGCUAGUUAAUCUUCAGAUACGUCAAGUUGAGAUCUUCUUACUGUAUUUUUGUACUUUCUUCAUGAAUUACGACCCCAUUUAUUAGAAAAAUGGUAAUGAAACAAAUCUUUAACGUCA